AUGGUUAGCAAUCAAACUGAAUUCAACAACAAUUAUUCUAAAAAAGCAAAAGAAAUAAAAAUUAAACGUAAAGACUUCCAAGGGAAGUUAAUCAUCGAAAACUAUUCAGAAUUGGAAAAGUUAUAUUUGUAUGAUAUUCGAAAAACGGAUGAAAUAGUUCUCAAAAACUUAUCUCAACUUCAAUUAAACUUGCGUAGCAAUAAUCUAACCAACUUAAAUUUUCUAAAAUACUUACCAAACUUAGAAGAACUAGAACUAGAUGGCAAUACUGAAACCGAAUCUGGACUAGAAAAUUUACCAGAAACUUUAAAAAUCUUUUCCUAUGAAAACACUAAACUAUCUGAAAUUUUAAAGCCUCAUAAAGGAGUCUUAAACUUCCUUAUAAAAGAAGAAGAGUUAAAAAGUAAAGAGAUAGACUUACUAAUUACCAGCGAUUUAUUAGAAAACAUAAAAAAUCUAAAAGAAGACCUGUCCAAAACGCAAAAAACUAAAAAAGAAUUAGAAGAAAAACUUACCCUUUACGAAACUGUUCGGGAUAAAAUUCAACAAAAAGAAAGAGAGUUGGAAGAAUUAACAAACAAUAUUAUCUCUAAUAAUCCUGAAAUAAAAGACGAUUUAGAAGAACUAUUAGAAGCACAACAAGAAAAUAAUAAGAAAUGA